AUGCAGGUACUCUGGCCAGUGCCGGUGCAAACCAGUGGCGUCCCAUCAGCCUCGUGGCAUCCCUGCUUGCUUACCCACCCGCCCACGUUGACCGCCCCAGCCCAACCUGUCCUGCCACCACCCAAGACUCCCCACGCUCGACGCUGCCUGCCUGCCUACACCUACACCUACUACUACUACUACUACUACUACAUCCACCUCAGAAGCUUCGAGCCACCUUACAAACCGCCCUUGCCACCCGCUGCCGCGUCCUUCCGCUCCACUAUCGUGGCUGCAAACACCAUGUGCGCCAUAAUGCGCCAUCGCACCUGCAUACCGCCUGCUCGUACGACGCCCCCCAACACUCAUCGCCAUGAUGGUGACCUCACCGCCCCAACCACAUUCCAUCCACCCUGCACUCGGAAUCCUAGUCAUAUGCCAAAUCCUCAACUUGGUCUCUGA